UGCCAGUUCGACGGCUCCUCCUAUGAUGAGUUAGUACAACACAAUCGCAGCACGCUUCAUAGGAUUAUGUGCGAUGGUUGUGACGAUGAUGGGUGGUGGAUACCGGAUAGCCAAGCGUACAAGGACCAUUUGAGGAAUGAUAAUGUGUGUACGACAUGCGAGCGUCAUUUCGAUAACUUCAACAACCUGCGACAUCACAAGCUGGUGCACCUGAAGCCUUCCGUUGAAUGCUAUGGUUGCACUCGGUCCUUCACUACUUAUUCCGGGAUGAUAAUUCAUCUAGAGUCUGGGACGUGUACGUCUGGUAUUGAUGUUCUGGACUUGAACAAGUCAGCUGCAAUGUGUUAUCAAUGGCAGAAGUUCCUGGACGAGGAAUACCGUGACGACAUCCUUAGCUGUUAUGAUUUGGAGGAAGAGUACGAUGGCGCGGUUUAUCCGUUCAGGUGUCCAGAAUGCGACACUACGUUUUCGAAACUUUCAGGACUCUUCCAGCAUGUAGGUAGUGGGUCUUGCGAACAGAUGCUAAACGGCGGGCCGAUAGCCAAGCUUGUGAAGUGGUUAUCAAACAGACAUGCCUAGUAAGCAGAUUUGGAAGAGCUAUAGCAAGGCCAUAUUUCAAUCAAA